AUUUGUAACGUUAGGCUAAGUUAAUGUGGAGUUCAUUAGCUAAAACUGCUAAUUGGCUUAAGAACAUUUAACAUUAAGUUAAAGCUGGACAAAAGACAUUAAGGCAGCAGAGCCCCAGUGGGACCUUGGCCUGCCCUGAAACAACUUGAUGGAUCCCAGUGCUGACUCCGGGACACCCCCCACCCACACCACUGUUGGAGGACCUGUGUUGGGGCAUGAGUUGUCUAUGUCCAGCGCUCGCUGUCAAACAGAAAGUGGAGGCAACAUCUUACUGCAGUUGUUGGAAUUUAAAACCCAUCUACUUGAGGCUGUAGAGGAGCUGCACAUUCGGAGGGAUGCAGAGACACGCUUUGAGGAUCAGAUCAGUAAACUGGUGUUGGAGAAACAGGAGCUGGAGUGGGAGAAGGAAUCCCUACAAUAUCAAAGUGAAACAGUGGCAAACCAGCACACAGAGUCUCUCAUCAAUGUUAAGAAGCAGUUUCAGGCCAAAAUCAGAAAAAUUGAGGAGGAGAAGGGGAAAUACCAGGCCAGUGCUGAGCUAAAAGACAAAGAGAUUAACAACUUGAAAGAAGAGCUGAAGUCGCUACAGUUGCUGAAGUACAACUUGGAGAAGAAAUCCGGUGAGCUGGAACAGAAACUAGCGUUGCAGAGCAGGUCAAAGGACAGCCACUUGAACCAGCUGGGGGAGGUUGAGAAACGUUUCAGUGCUCUGUCAUGGCAGUGCGCCAUUGUCAAGCAGGCUCACGAGAAACUAGAGCAAAAUGUUAAUGAGGCCAUGAAAAUAAAUGACAAACUGACUUCUGCAAAUGGAAGACAAGAAGCAACCAUUGUGUCACUAAAGAAGGAGCUGGAGGAGGUCAGUACAAAGCUGAUCAAGACCAAGAUGGCAUCAGCUAGGCAUGACAAGACCCAUAGUCCUACAGGAGGAGAGCAGCGUAUACAGCACCUGAAACUGAAACUGAACAUGGAAACUGAAAUUAACAAGAAACUGGUUGAGGAAAAUGUUGCUGUACGAGCAGAAAAGCAGGAGGUGAUGAGAUCUCUGCAGCACACCCAGCAGCUGAUGUUGAGUCAGACACAGGCAGUAAGCAGAGUAGAGCUGGAGCUGCAGACACAAAGAGAGCAGUACCAGGGCCUUAAGCAGGAACACAGGGUGAAAAGCAAGGCAAUGGAAGACAAGGUGGCCCAACUGAUGGAGAGCUACGCUGCUUCCAAGACCAGCUGGGACAAAGAGAAAGCAGUGUAUCUGGACCGCAUCAAGAGUGAGCAGCAGGACCUUCAAGCGGUGAAAGAGGCUUACUACGAACUUCAUCAGAAAUACACUGAACUGUCCUCACAGGCCAAAGUGCAGGCUCAGCAUGUAUAUGAAUUGGAGAUGAGACACAGCAGUCAGAGCCUCAGUGUUUCUACCCACAUCUUGCCCACUUUUGGAGAUGAAGCUCUUAAUGAACCCAUCUCCAGCUCUGAGCUUCCUAGCUUUAGCAGUGUGCAGCACAUGGCCUCUACUCAGACCAAAAACCCAGACAGUCUGGAGGACACAGGAGCUGUGACUACACUAGUUGCCACAGGAUCAGCUAGAGGACAAGAUACCCCAGACUACCAUCAACAAUCUCAAUUUGAACAGUCCCUAAACCUUAUAAACUUGUUUAGCUGCCCACUUACCAAAAACAACCAUUACAGCCUCUCCAGUCUUUGUGGAUCAACAGGCAGUGACACCAGCGCAUACAUGAACAACAGUAACACUAGGAAGAGUGAUCCUGAUGUAGUUCAGAAUUCAGAAUUCAUUCAUACUACUUACUCUGUGUCUUGUGCUGGUCUGCAGAUUAGCAAAGGUAGCUGUGUGAGCGACGCACCAACUGUAUUGAACCACAGGUAUAUUGAUGGAUCUGCAGACUUACGGAGCAAAGAAAUGGGUGACGAAGGGAAUGGAGGAAUGAGUGAGAAAGAACAGGGAUUGAAAGAUGAUGUGAAGGAGGGAGGAAGGGCUGGAGAAGAGAGAGGAACGCUCAUGGCCCAAACAGCAGAUAGAGCAGACACACAAGAGGAUAGCCAGCGGUCAAGAGAGGAUGCAGGGGACACCACACAGCCUGAAACAGAAACAAAAUUUCUUGCAGGGGGAGAAGGGACAGAUGGAGCGGAGGAGAGGGGAAAGACAGGGUUACACGUGCCAGAAUCACCACAAACCCAGAUACCGGCCCAGACGACUACCGAGAAGAGCGACGCGCAGAAGGUCAUUGACUUCAUGGACACUGAGCCACCGCUGGCUGCCUGUGAGCCCUCAGACUGCUCACAAAGGCACUCUCAGAAAGUCAGUGAGAAGGAAGCUGACUGCAAGGAAGCUGACUGCAGUCAUGUGAACAAAGGAUAUGACAUCAGGAGAGAAGUACAAACCCUCUGUUCUGGUGAGCACCAAAGUGUCCGCCAAGGGCCAAGCUCUGUCAUUCAAGCGGUGCAACGCCUCUGUCAUGAUGAGGCCCAAACCGUUGCUGAGUCACUCACUCAGCUGCCCAGUCCAAUACAUCAAGUGUUCGACAAAACCACAGAAGAGAAGCCAUCCGACAAAUUAGCAGCCAAUAUCCCCACUGAUGUUUCUGAACCUCUCAAUCAGUCAAGUAUUUGUGGCCCACAGACCAAUACUGCACCAGCAGCUCCUCAGUCAGAUGGUAUUGUCAAUACCCAAGAGUUAGAGACAACGACAACACAAACACAACCUAGUAAUCGUUCUGACACUACCAGCGACAUGAAGCAAACAGAUGAAAUGUGUAAUACAUACACUUUUCAUCUGUCUGAAUGUGAAUUGGUGAGAACAGUGGUUGAACCACAAGCACUACCCCACAGUCAGGAGGUCUCAGAGCAGGAGACUGGACAGCUGGAGUCUCUGGUAACUGAUGAUGAGGAGGGGGAUUCUAGUGCAAUUAUGAAGAGGGAAAGUCAAUCAAAUGCAGACACACGUGAAAACGAUGCCUCUGGGACUACCCAGAAACCUAUGGAAAGAUCUAAUUUGAAGGAUGCCGGUGUUGAUAUCGUCGUGGACCUUGAAUCUGAGGGUGAGAGUGGCAGCUGCCAGGAGCACAUGAAAAGUGACGAAACAGAAGAAGCAGGAGAUGCAAAGACUACUAAAUGUGAAACCGACGUGAACCUGUCUGCCCAUCCAAGUCAUAAGAAUGAUGCAUCGCCAGAGGCGGGCACCUCAAAAUGCUGUGAGCAGUCUCCAGCAAAAAAAGUGUUCCUUGAUGAGACUAAUGAGUCGCCUCUGCCCAGCAAUAAGACUUACAGGUCAUCAUUCGACUGGGGCAGUGCUCAGAGAAAAACUGUAAGCUCCAGAUCGAAGUCAGAUGUCUCUGUCUUGCGUCAGUUUGUUCAGGGAUCCCCAAUGUCUGAGCAAAAUAUAAGUGAUCCUGGUGGACUCCUCGGACAUCCUCCCAGCACAAUACCCAUGUUCCUCAAAAGCAAGCACAGCAAAGUCCCCUUGGUGAUUACCAGGGCGUCGGAUCUGCUGAAUGCCUUCAGCGUCUCUGGGACUGCAGCUUACUCGAGGAGACACCAGCAGGGAGAGUGGAAGGCUCUUGGGGAGACCUGUAGAGAAACAGCAACAGCAGACAUGGAUAGCAGAGUUUCCAUGAGCUCUUUUCCUGUUUCCACGUCCUCCACCACAGUCAGCAGACUGUCAUGGCAGACCACCGCCGGGUGUAGCAGAGCUCCUACCUCAGCUGCAGUUCCCAGUUUUGAGUCAGACUGGGAACCCUCUCGCUCCCAGGAGAGGGAAGACCAACAGUCGUCAUUCAGAGCCCAGAUCUCCAAAAUCGAACAGUUCCUCAACUCAGAGAGGCUCCGUCUGCCCAAGAGACGAAGAACUGACAACUAAACCACCAAAACGUUCUGGAUGCUACUGUAUCCAAAGUUACAUCACAAAAUCUUCUUCUGUAGCACAUAUUUGGUAACUACCGGUAGUGUGAGUUUAAAUGUUCUGAAAGCUAUCACUAUUAUAAUAUAGAUGCAUUAUUGAUUUCUUUCAGCUUAAUAUUCCCUUCUGAUUACAUUUCAGUGGGUUUUAUUUGCAAAGUCAGAAGAGCCUAAGCCGUGAAACAUGACACGUGACAACAAAGGGUGUCUAGUUUUUGGCAUAACUCUUUGCCUGUUCAUGUUACUGUUAAACAUUUAAAUGAAAAACCUCUCUGUUUAUUAGUUGUUUGUGUUGCUUUAUCUUUUUUUGUUUUAACAUACAGUUGUAUCUGUAUAAAGCCGUGUUGAAAUGUUUGCAUUAUCGUAUAUACAAGAAUAAAACAUUUGGCUCAUGCUUGGA